AGGCCAUUUCAAUCGAAUAUCUCAUGGUCUGCAAGGAGUUUCUACAGUGCCACUGAGAACUUAUGCAGAUCCACCAAUUGAUGCUGAUGUAACAGUGAUAGGUUCUGGUCCUGGAGGAUAUGUUGCUGCUAUCAAAGCUGCCCAGUUAGGCUUCAAGGCAGUCUGUGUUGAGAAAAAUGAAACACUCGGUGGAACAUGCUUGAACGUUGGUUGUAUUCCUUCUAAGGCUUUAUUGAAUAACUGUCAUUAUUACCAUAUGGCCCAUGGAAAAGAUGCUGCAUCUAGAGGAAUUGAAAUGUCUGAAGUUCAUUUGAAUUUAGAGAAGAUGAUGGAGCAGAAGAGUAAUGUAGUAAAAGCUUUAAUGGGUGGAACUGCCCACUUAUUCAAACAGAAUAAGGUUGCUCAUGUAAAUGGAUAUCGAAAGAUAACUGGGAAAAAUCAGGUCACCUCUACGAAAGCUGAUGGCAGCACUCAAGUUAUUGAUACAAAGAACAUUCUUAUAGCCACAGGUUCAGAAGUCACUCUUUUUCCUGGAAUUAUGAUUGAUGAAGAUACAGUAGUGUCAUCUACAGGUGCUUUGUCUUUAAAAAAAGUUCCAGAAAAGAUGGUUGUCAUUGGUGCAGGAGUAAUAGGUGUAGAAUCAGGCUCAGUUUGGCAAAGACUUGGUGCAGACGUGACAGCAGUUGAGUUUUUGGGUCAUGUUGGUGGAAUUGGAAUUGAUAUGGAGAUACUUAAAAACUUUCAACGCAUCCUUCAAAAACAAGGAUUUAGAUUUAAAUUGAAUACCAAAGUUACUGGUGCUACUAAGAAGUCAGAUGGAAAAAUUGAUGUUUCUACUGAAGCUGCUUCUGGUGGUAAAGCUGAAGUUAUCACUUGUGAUGUACUCCUGGUUUGCAUUGGCCGACGACCCUUUACUAAGAAUUUGGGACUAGAGGAGCUUGGAAUUGAGCUGGAUCCUAGAGGUAGAAUUCCAGUAAAUACCAGAUUCCAAACUAAAAUUCCAAAUAUCUAUGCAAUCGGCAAUGUGAUUGCUGGUCCAAUGCUGGCUCACAAAGCAGAGGAUGAAGGCAUUAUCUGUGUUGAAGGGAUGGCUGGUGGUGCUGUGCACAUUGACUACAAUUGUGUAUCAUUGGUGAUUUACAAACACCCUGAAGUUGCUUGGGCUGGCAAAUCAGAAGAGCAGUUGAAAGAAGAGGGUAUUGAGUACAAAGUUGGGAAAUUCCCAUUUGCUGCUAACAGCAGAGCUAAGACAAAUGCUGACACAGAUGGCAUGGUGAAGAUGCUUGGGCAGAAAUCAACAGACAGAGUAUUGGGAGCACAUAUUCUAAGACCAGGUACUGGUGAAAUGAUAAAUGAAGCUGCUCUUGCACUGGAAUAUGGAGCAUCCUGUGAAGAUAUAGCUAGAGUCUGUCAUGCACAUCUGACCUUAUCAGAAGCUUUUAGAGAAGCAAACCUGGCUGCAUCAUUUGGCAAAUCGAUCAACUUUUAAAUUAGAAGAUUAUAUUUUUCUGAAAUUUCCUGGGAGCUUUU